GUAUAGGUACGUCACAUGAACGUUCAUUAGUCCCGAUUCGAAUUAAACAUGUUAACAGGGUCCUCGUACUCGUACCGUUAAAUGCGUUAGAUUUAGCGGUAUUGUAUUUAUUACAUUUGAUAGUACACUUUCACAGAUGCUCCUACCUUCAACGCCGCGUAGACCCUAGUCUAUUCAUUCAGACAUUGGAAAGUGAUAUUUGACACUGUAUCUUUAUAGCUUCAUACAGUGUAAAAUUUUUAUCACGGAUGUGAUUUUUUUUUACGGUGAUGAAUUUUGUGUAAAUUGUAUUAUGCGAAUUGGUAAAAAAUAAUUACCUACUUUUUGGCAACUUGCAAGUUAUUUGAAAAAUGUAAUUUGAAAAAAAUGAGUAAAAUCGAAAAUUUAGUUAUCACAUUGUGUAUUUUUUCGUUCGUCUCGGGUCACCAGUUAUCUUUGGAAAAUGUCAACUGGAAAAAUUUCUCGCUCGAGGAUUUGGUUUUCAGAGAGGAAAAAGUUAUGCAUUUACCGGUCCCGACUCCUCAUGUAUUAAAUCGACCGCCUAAUCGUAUUACAUCACCAAAUAAUAACAGUGGAUCAAGUUCAGAAGUUUUAAAAGAAGUUUCGGAAACGGAUUUAUAUCUGUUGGGUGCCAUCGAAAAACUCGUUUACAGAUUGGAUUUAAUGGACCAACGAUUAAGACGAGCCGAAGAGUUAAUCCAACAUGUCAUGGAAGGAAGUAAUAUCAAAAGACAAGAUCCGUGUCCUGCUAAUUUCACGAGAGUGGCUCGCAAUUGUUACUACUUCAAUGAACGGCAGUACAACUGGAAAUCAGCUAGUUCAAUGUGUAAAAGCUUAGGUGGAAAUUUGGUUGAACUUGAAAGCAAAGAGGAAUUUGUGGAAAUGAUCACCUAUAUUUUAUCAGAACCAACAAUCCGAGGUCAUGAUUAUUGGACUGGCGGAUUGAAUCCAGGUUUAUUGUGGAUUUGGUCAAACAGUGCUAGACCAGUAGUACCGAAGAAUUCGACAUUACCGGAAGAUAACAUAGCUGGAACAGGAAGAUGUUUAAAAUUAGGGUAUACAGGAUCAAACAAGAUAUAUUCUUACAGCGGAGCAGAAUGUUCGAUUCGUUUCAGAUUCAUCUGCGAACAUGAGGAAAAUUUGACUGAUCGAGCUUUAAAUAGGAUUCAUAAGUCAUUGAAAAUUGAAUAUUGAUUUUAGAUAAACCUGAUAAUUAUAUAUUCGAGUAAUUUAUUUAUUUUAAUCAAUACGUAAGCAACAUUGCAUUUUUAUAGUUAAGACAUAUAAGUACGCCAACUAUUUGUAUGAAUAAAUAAACGUCAUGUACAGCAAA